CGUUUUUUUUCCCCAGGUUUUUAAUUUGUGCUGCAAAUGCCUCUCAAUGGUUCCUCUCUCUUCCACGAAGCCAGCCAACCUGGCUCCAUUCUUCCCCUCCCGCUCUCCAGUUUCCUGCACUCGUUUCUGCAAUUCCUCUCUUUCAACUGUUCCUUCCUUCUCCUCCUUCUCAAUCCGCUCUCAUCUUCCACUUCGCUCCCUAUCUUUUUCUCAUUCCGCCGGAGUUAGUUACGCCCUUUGCCGCUCCUCCCAUCCUGGCCGUCCACCGCCCCACCGGAUCGAUCCUCCUCCCGGAGGUGAUUCCGGAAGCCUUAAAGGUUUUGCCGAGGCUUUAGUGAGAUUGCAAGAUAGAGUACGGAUAUUCUUGGCUGUACUUUUCUGGAUGUCCCUGUUCUUUUGGGCUUCAGCGUGGGAUGGGCGGAAUAGACCAAACAAAGGUUCCAGAUUUAAAAAGAAGUAGUGAGCAUAUAGACUGUACACACCAAAGUAUAUUAACAACUCAUGGGAUAGAUCCAAUGUAGUAUAUGAAUCAACACCAGAAAGAAUUCACUUAUUUUUAGUGAUUUUGCUUUACACAAGAUAAAUUAUGUGAGAAUUUUAUCUUGUGAAGCGAAUAAAUACUUUAUUUUUUGAAGCGGGGGCAAACAAUCAAAUGAGUGGAAUGAUGUUCUGAUGCCUCAUAGACUCUACAGAUUCAUAUGGUUACUGCUGGGGAUGUAAAUCUAUGCUAUGCCCUCCUUUCUCUUAAUACAGUCUUUUAUACGAA